AUGUCUUACACUUUCAUGAGGAAACUGAGGAGCCUUGGCCUCGGGGCCUUCGGGUUGCUCUUGCUAUCAAACUGCUCCCAUGCUUUGCCUACCGACGUGACAGCCCUUGAGGAGAGGCAGGAUGACUCUCACUGGGUUGCUACAUGGACUUCGAUGCCGCAGUUGGUAGAGCAGAGUAACCUGCCCCCGUCGCCUUUCCAAGGGGCCUCGAUGUUCAAGGACGCGACUCUGCGACAGACGCUACAUCUCUCCAUUGGCGCCGAGAAGAUCCGCUUCCAGAUCUCCAACACCUUCGGCGGUAGUGACCUCCCUAUCACGGCUGCGUCGAUCGCGCUCCCUACCGGCGGAAAGGCGGGAGUGAAUGGCAUCGACACGACGAGCCUGGUCGGACUUACAUUCAAUGGCUCCAGUUCUGCGACGAUUCCAAGGGGUCAAGUUGCGUACACAGACCCAGUCAAUUUCAAAGUCGAAGCGCAAUCCAUGAUCACCAUCAACCUGUACUUUCAAGCUGGGCAGUCCGGAAGCAGCAUCACCGGCCAUCCCGGCAGCCGAACGACGUCGUGGAUGCAGCAGGGAAACCACGUCAAUGCGUCGACGGUAACGGGAGCCAGCACGGCACACUGGUACUUUGUCAGUGUUGUUGAGGCAUGGGCACCCAGAACGUCCUCCGCACUCGUGAUUCUAGGCGAUAGUAUAACAGACGGUCGUGGGAGCACAGACAACGCGAACAACCGUUGGCCUGAUCUCGUACUGGCAAAGAUGCAGAAGUCGGGACUGACCAACAUUGGCGUCAACAACCAAGCAGCCGGGGGAAACACGGUGCUGACGGGCGGCCUCGGCCCACCUCUGAUGCAGCGGUACAAGCGUGACCUCCUGUCGACGGCGGGCGUCAAGUACGUCCUCAUAUUCGAAGGCGUGAAUGACAUCGGAGGCGGCUCUACGGACUCGGGCACGCAGACGCGCAUCGGUGACCAACUGAUCUCGAGUUUCAAGCAGAUCGCUGCUGAUGCGCACAAGGCAGGCAUCCAGGUGUUUGGUGCUACAAUAACGCCGUUUGGCGGCAGCGGCCAGAGCUACAGCAACCCGACGAGAGAUGCGACGAGGCAGCGGGUGAACAAGUGGAUCCUGAGCGGCGGGGAUGGGAGCUUCGAUGCGACGGUGGACUUUGCGAAGAUACUGGCAAGUAGCAGCAAUGCGGCCAACCUGGCAAGCCAGUACGAUGGUGGCGACCACCUGCACCCGAACCCGGCCGGCUACCAAGCCAUUGCGGACGCGUUUCCGUUGGAUAUCUUCAAGAAGGGCAACGGAACGGUAUAG